CCUACUCUGCCCCCAGCAUCCUGCCCUGACUACCCUCCCAGCCUGGCUGCGGGGCGGCGGGCGGGGUGGGCCAGACCGGGUCACGUGGAGCUGGCUUCGGCGGGAGGAAGCCAGGCAGGGUGCAGACGGCUGCUGAUUCUGGGGCCGGUCAGGAAAUCAAGGAGGAACCCCCGCCAUGGACCCGCCGUCGCCAAGCCAGGCCUCCCAGCCCCAGCCCGCGGCCCCCUGCCCGCUGACUUCCUACCGCUGGCACACGGGGGGCGGCGCGGAGAAGGGGGCGGCCGCGGGGUCCCGCUGGGGCCGCCUCGUGGGCUGGGGCCGAGCACUGAGCCACCAGGAGCCCGCCGUCAGCAGCCAGCCGGCCGCGCGCUCGCUGUUCCGCCGGGUGCUCUCCGCGCCCCCGAAGGAGUCGCGCUCCAGUCGCCUCCGGCUGUCCAAGACCCUCUGGGGGGGGCACAGGCACGCCCCGCCCGAGCCGCAGCCGGAGCCCGAGCCCUGGGCGAGUCACUUGACCUCUCUGGGCCUCGGUGAUGAAAGCCCUUGGAAUGGCUUUUCGGAGGGUCAGAUGAGAGCAGGCGUGUGGAGUGGCAAACACAGUCCUGGGCACAUAGUAGGUGGUCCUGUGUCCACUGCUCGUGGUGGUCGCUGGGGACAAGGCCCAGAGAGAGGUGGGGAGACCUGCCUGAGGUCGCGCAGCGUGACGUGGCUGCUGGGCUUGGGGCAGGCACCCGGGAGGGAGCCCCUGGUGAGCUUCAGUAAAGGGACGAGGUGUCCUGCAGGACGAGGAAAGGACUCUCGGGCCCCCCAGCACCUCCCCCUCUUCCCAGGGCCGGCGCCGGCGCCGGAGCCCCCUGCCCAGCACAUCCCGGAGGCCCCCACGCCCGACGUGCCCGUGUGGGACAUCGGGGGCUUCUCCCUGCUGGAUGGGAAGCUCCCGUGCGAGCUUGGGGGAGAGGGAGGAGGAAGGGGCAAGCAGGGUCCUCGGAGGGCCCGGAUGGGAAGCGCUGGCUCGGAGGGCAGCAUCCACGCGGCCCUGGGGACCCCCAGAGACCCAGAUCGGAUCCCCGGGAAGACGGAGCCGGAGGCUGCUGGCCCCAACCAGGUCCACAACGUUCGGGGGUUGCUCAAGAGGCUGAAAGAGAAGAAAAAGUCCAGGUCGGAGCUGGGGGCCAAUGUCUCCCGGGAUGGACCCCCCAGUGCCCUGGGCUCUAGGGAAUCGCUGGCCACUCUCUCCGAGCUAGACCUGGGUGCCCAGCGGGACGUGCAGGUCUGGCCAGUGCACCCCAGCCUCCUCGGGGAGCCCCACUGCUUCCAGGUAACCUGGGCGGGCGGAAGCCGCUGCUUCUCUUGUCGCUCUGCCGCUGAGAGAGACCGCUGGAUCGAGGACCUUCGUCGCCACUUCCAGCCCACCCAGGACAACGUGGAGCGGGAAGAGACGUGGCUGAGCGUGUGGGUGCAUGAGGCGAAAGGGCUGCCCCGGGCGGCGGCGGGGACACCCGGCGUGCGCGCCGAGCUGUGGCUGGACGGCGCGCUGCUGGCGCGCACUGCACCGCGGGCCGGCCCGGGCCAGCUCUUCUGGGCCGAGCGCUUCCACUUCGAGGCGCUGCCGCCCGCGCGUCGCCUGUCGCUGCGGCUGCGCGGCGCGGGCCCGGGGGCCGCGGUGCUUGGCCGCGUGGCGCUGCCGCUGGAGGAGCUGGAGGUCCCGCGCGCGCCGGCCGCCGGCCGGGAGCGCUGGUUCCCGCUGCUCGGGGCGCCGGCGGGAGCGGCGCUGCGGGCGCGGAUCCGGGCGCGACGCCUGCGCGUGCUGCCGUCCGAGCGCUACAAGGAGCUGGCGGAAUUCCUCACCUUCCACUACGAGCGCCUCUGCGGGGCCCUCGAGCCCGCGCUGCCUGCGCAGGCCAAGGAGGAGCUGGCGGCCGCCUUGGUGCGCGUGCUGCGGGCCACCGGCCGGGCACAGGUACUGGUGACAGACCUGGGCACCGCUGAGCUGGCGCGCUGUGGGGGCCGUGAGGCGCUGCUGUUCCGGGAAAACACAUUGGCCACCAAGGCCAUCGACGAGUACAUGAAGCUGGUGGCCCAGGAUUACCUCCAAAAGACCCUGGGGCAGGUUGUGGGGCGUCUCUGUGCCUCCACUGAGGACUGCGAGGUGGAUCCCAGCAAGUGCCCAGCCUCAGAGCUGCCUGAGCACCAGGCCCGACUUCGAAGCAGCUGUGAGCAGGUCUUGGAAACCAUCGUCCACUCCUAUGACUGGUUCCCUGCAGAGCUGGGCAUGGUGUUCUCAGGCUGGAGAGAAGCCUGCAAAGCGCGUGGCUCCGAGGCGCUGGGCCCCCGGCUAGUGUGUGCAUCCCUCUUCUUGCGGCUCCUCUGCCCCGCCAUCCUGUCGCCCAGCCUCUUUGACCUGGCACCGGAACACCCGGCACCCAGCCCCGCCCGCACCCUCACGCUGAUUGCCAAGGUCAUCCAGAACCUUGCCAACCGUGCCCCGUUCGGCGAGAAGGAGGCCUACAUGGGCUUCAUGAACAGCUUCCUGGAGGAACAUGGGCCAGCCAUGCAACACUUCCUGGACCAGGUGGCCAUGGUGGAUGUGGAUGCUGCCCCCAGUGGUUACCAGGGCAGCGGUGACCUGGCCCUCCAGCUGGCAGUCCUGCAUGCCCAGCUCUGUACGAUCUUUGCUGAACUCGACCAGACCACCCGUGACAGCCUGGAACCGCUGCCCACCAUCCUGCGAGCCAUCGAGGAGCGCCGGCCCGUACCUGUGUCAGUGCCAAUGUGUCUCCCCCUGCCGCCAGCCCAGGUCCAUGCCAGCUUCUCCGAAAGGGAAAAGCCCGGCUUCCUGGCGCCCCGGGACCUCCCCAAGCACACCCCUCUCAUCUCCAAGAGCCAGUCCCUGCGCAGCGUCCACCGCUCGCCCAGUUGGGCCCGGCCGCGGCCGGACGAGGAGCGGCCACCGCGGAGGCCCCGGCCAGUGCAGCGCACGCAGAGCGUCCCCGCCCGGCGCCCUGCCCGCCGCCGCCCGUCCGCGGGGCCCCGGCCGCCACCCCAAGGCUCCGUGCGCACUAGCGCCGCGCCGCGCGGCCGGCCCUGGACCGGGGCCUCCGCCUCGCUGCCUCGGAAGCCAUCGGUGCCCUGGCAGCGCCACCUGGAUCAGCCGCGGGACCGAGACCCAGCGGUGGGCACCCACCGCCCUGUCGGCAAGCUGGCAGAGCUGCAGCGCGAGGUGGCCGCGCUGCGCGAGGAGCAGAAAGUGCUGUCCCGCCUCGUGGAGUCGCUGAGCACCCACAUCCAGGCCCUGACGGAGCAGCAGGAGCAGCUGCGGGGCCAGCUGCAGGACCUGGACCGCAGGCUGCGCGCCAGGACCUCGGAGUUGGAUCCAGAGCAUGGCCUUGCAAGAAGCGAAGGGCACGGUCUAGAAAGUCUGGAGCGCCGCCUGGCUGACAUGGAGAAAUCUCAGGCCCAGCUGAAGGAUGCAGUCCGGGGCCUGCAGCUGUCGCCCAGGACGCCCGGGCGCCCGAGCCAGCCUCUGCCCCUCGAAACGCCCUGCGUCAAUGGAGACAACACCACCUGAGCUGCCCAGCCCCAGCGCCACGCGUGGCCUGCGAGCGUAGCCGUCUUAGGGGGGUGUCCCACCUUGCCUUGGCCCUACGUGGCCUCCAGCGGGGACUGGUGCUGUAGGCGCCUACCACCCCGGCACUUCGAGGCUGCCCAGUAAAGUCUUGAUUUCAGUAAAAUCGGUGGUUUCUUUGCCCACCCCCAAGAAUGGCCAAUUCUUAGGGCUUUGUCUCCUCCACUCCCCCCCCCAUCCAGCUCUCCUAAAUUCUCCCCUGAUUGGAAGUCUCAUGGAGGGGGAGCGGUGAGCAGAAUCUCACCAGCUAUGUGACCUUAGGCUUUCCCGCUCUGAAGAGCCUCCGUUUUCUCAUCUGUAAAAGGGGUCUACAGUUCCCCGCACAGUGGAAGGCCCCUAGUUAAAGGCGUUCAAUAAAAGGUAUUCAUCGCUGUUUAUGGGCAGCACCUGCUUCUCGAUGAAGCACAGAUUCUCUUCCCACCUCCACCACGCCCCCCCUACACCCUGCCAACCCCCAGGCCCCAGAUGAGAGAAUCUUCCUAACCACCCUCCCACCCCCAAAUCCCAACCAGAUUCCCCACUGCACGGAGGGGAUGAGGCCGGGAGGAAACAGAAGGGUGGGCAGAUGUGGAGAGGGUCGAACUCUGUGGGCAAAUGGCUGGGCAAAUGAGUCCUUUGAGUCACGGGUGAGGGGGUAGGCUGAAUGGGAGCAAGAGGCAGAUGGACAGGUUAGCCUUUGAUAGAGGCUUGGCCCGGUAGGUAAGUAACUGGGUAGGUGGCUAACCAGGGUGGACAGGUCUCCCUGGAAAAGGCCUGGCUCA